UAUCAACAUUCAACAAAUUCAUCUAGGCAAAUGGGAUCCUUGGAAGGAAUCAUUUCAUUAGGACCAUGGGGAGGUUCAGGUGGCGACCCCUGGAGUUUCAAGGCAAGCCUUGGGAUAACUGAGAUAAUCAUCCAUGAACAAGUUAAUAUUAAGUCCAUUUCUUUCAAAGGUGCCAGUGGUCAUAUUUCUGGGACAUUUGGUGGCAGGAACCCCAAUGCUAGGGGUGAAGAGAAAAAGAUUGAAAUCCGUUGGCCUUCAGAGUAUUUGAAAUCUAUAAGCGGAACUUAUGGAGAUUACAAUGGACUGUUAGUAAUCAGGUCCCUAUCGUUUACUACAAAUCUCACCACUUAUGGACCUUUUGGAACAACUACUGGUGGUCAGCAGUUCUCUAUCCCGAUACCAGAGAGUGUCCUUGUUGGGUUCCAUGGGAGAUCGGGUUACUACCUUGAUGCACUUGGUAUUUUGGUGCAACCGGUACCUUCACAUGGAAGCAUUUCAUUUGGGCCAUGGGGUGGUCCUGGUGGUGAUCCUUUUAGUUUUAGGGUGGGAAGUUGGAUAAAAGAGAUAAUUGUUCAUGAACGAAACAAUAUCAAGUCCAUCGCCUUUAAAGACGCCAAUGGCCACGAGUAUGGAAAAUUUGGUGGCAAUAAUCCAAAUGACACUGGUGACAAAAAAACAAUUGAGAUUGAUGGGCCUUUAGAGCAUCUGACAUCCAUAACUGGGACAUAUGGAAAUUAUGCUGGAAUGACAGUGAUCACAUCACUAUCAUUCGUAACGAAUCUUACCACACAUGGACCUUUUGGGACUGCUACCGGCACUUCUUUCUCCAUGCCAAUGGAAGGUUCUCUCGUGAAUGGAUUCCAUGGAAGAGGAGGCCAUUACCUUGAUGCAAUUGGCAUCCAUGUCAGACCGAGGGACACAGAAGGAACUAUUUCAAUUGGUCCAUGGGGAGGCCAAGGUGGGGAUCCGUGGAUUUAUACAACAAAUAGACAUAUAAACCAGAUAAUCAUCCACGUAGGGUCAAACAUCAAGUCCAUAUCUUUCCGAGACACAACUGACCUUGCUUCAGCAACAUUUGGUGGCAAGAACCCCAAUGACCUUGGUGAAAGGGAAAUUGUUCCUAUUAACUGGCCUUCUGAGCACCUAAUAUCCAUAAGUGGGACGUAUGGCCCUUUCGCCGGUUUAUUAACGAUCACAUCACUGUCAUUUAUUACAAAUCGGGCUACAUACGGACCUUUUGGAACCACUUCUGGCACUUCUUUCUCGAUCCCUAUGAACAAUAGUACGGUAGUUGGAUUCCAUGGAAGGGCUGGCCACUACCUGGAUGCCAUUGGAAUCUUUGUGAAACCAGAAACGAAAAUCUCACAAGGCUCAUGAUUUUGUGCUUAAAUGCUCUAUGCAUUUUCUGCCAUAAUGUGUGGAUGUGGGAGUGUUUAGUUGUCCCGUAGUGUCGUUUACAAGAGUUUUUAUAGCUCUUGCUUUGUUCGAUUUCAUGAUGGUUGUAUUAUGUAUCCAUGUCGCGUCUUAGUGGAAUAACUGUACUGUGUCAUUUACAAGAGUUUUUAUAGCUCUUGCUUUGUUCGAUUUCAUGAUGGUUGUAUUAUAUAUCCAUGUCGCGUCUUAGUGGAAUAACUGUACUACUUAGUGGAAUAAAAAAACUCCCAUAAGCUAAUUUAUGGCACUGCUAGCUUAAUAUUACUUAUGUAGACUCAAUUGAUGCCUGUAAGAUUUGGCUUCUCGGUAUUGGAGUAAUCUCUUGGGUUGAGGGUUGCAAGUUUGAACCCUAGCUAGAGCCAAAUGAAGCUAAAAAAACUGA